AUGGCACAGACGCCGGAGGAACCGGCGCCACCGCCGGGGGUGGGGGGGGGGGCGGCCACGGCGUCUUCGAGUAACGGGGGAAGCGGCGGCGGCGGUGCCACGGAGGAAGAGGAGGGAGAUUUCGAUGAUGAGUACUCGGGGCGGUUCUUCACGAUAUUUAUCGGAGACGACAAGACUGACGAGAACGCCUUCCGGGUGCUGAACGGAGACAUGGGCGAGGAUAGAGCGCGCCACGACGGCGUGGGUAUCCUGGUGUCGGAGGAGUCCCGCGAGACGAACGCCGCCUACACGCUGAGAAACCCCGACGAGGUCGCCUCGUUCCUGGAGAAGAUCGCCAAGCUCGGCAGCGAGCGUUGCGGGAGCUCUUCUGGCCGGUAGCAGACGGCGACAGGCGGCGGCGGUGGCGGCGGCGGCCCGCAGUCGUCGUUAGUAUUGGAUUUAGGAGGCGGCAGCAACACACCGUCGUUGUGUCCGUCGUUAGCGGCUGGCGCCGUUGGGGACGUACAUCCCCGGUGUUGAGGGUCACCGAGGCGAAGUCAUCGUCGUUUUUUGUUUUUUUUUGCUCUCGGCAACCGCACGCCGUGGUGCCGCUGCUGCCGCUGGCAUCGCAUGUAUACGUGCCAGCUCUGGCGGCCGUCCGUGGUAGGGAUUUUCCCGCCUAAGGCGGGGCGACGUUGUUAACGAGGGGGAGCGAGAGACGCAAAAACCUGUUUUUGCAGCGCUUGAUGAAAUUGGGGGGGUUUACUCAUGUACGAACAUGGGGAGGAGGGAGGUUGGUAUAUGGCAGCACCAUGCUGAGGUGUCUGGUUUGAAGGUGGCAUUGGGUUCGGAUGUACGUUUUUGCGGGUGGGUAAGAAGUUGGUGGCCGUCGUAUCAAGUCUCGGUGUGCAUGGGAUGGGAAGAGUAGUUGGCGCGGCGAUCUUGUCGGAUGUGGGAGGGGCCGCGCGCGUAGGCUGUUUGUUGUUACUAUUCAGACACCCUUGUAGAACGUUUUGUGUUGGAAGAUUAUUAGUAGAAUUUGCUUCUACGGCUAUAGGAUAAAGGGCGGCGCCAGGCCCUGUCUUGGCAAAUAUUGGGUAACUUUGGACGGGCGCCGGAUUUGGGAGUCGUUUGCAAACCCCAACAGAUGAGGCACUAGGGGCCAAAUAGUCUGGUAGUUAUUGGCAAAAUAUAUAUAUCGAAGGUUCCUCAAACGCGCUGCAGAUCGUUUUCGUUUUUUAUUUUUUCUUGUCUUUUCUUAGUAUGACACAAUGAAUCCAUACCGUCAGCGGCUUCUAGUGGUUGUGUGGCACCACCUUCGAUUGGAUGGAACCUGUGUGUCGUGGGACGGAUACCGAAGGUUGCUGUUUUCCUGUUUUUGUUCUCUCGACAAGAGGCGAAGGGGCCGAAGAUCUCUCUGGUGUUCGCUCGAUCGAUUUUUUCAGAGCGAUUUUGGGCGGUGACCCCCAAUGCGUAUUCCAGAGAAAGUUUUAGGGCGCACCGCCGCUGCGUGAAGAGGAUUUAAAGAAGCAGAAGAUUGGUUAACGAUAGCGCUUGACAAGCAAACCGCAACAGCGUGACCUCGUUGCUUGCUCUGGACACAACGGUGGGCGGUAAAAUACCCUCUUUUUUCGUUUUCUUUUCUUUCCUCGCCGUCGGCACAGGCACGAAGGGUACCGGGUCGUGCCCGUGACGAGACUCUUGUCGGGGCCUAGUCUCUCUUGUCGUACUA